UGUGAAGCAUAUAUACAUCUCACACGUUGCAACCGCUAUAUAUGUCUGCAGACGAUAAGAAAUGUUUGCUAAUCGAGAAUAGGCAUACACACAAGCACGUACAGCCACCAGUGCCAAUGGCAUCGGACACCAGAAACACAAAUCAACCUUCCAACCCGCUCAUGGUGGCCAAUGCGGCGGCGGUGCAGCUGCAUCCAGAGCUGCUAAUGGCCGCCAAGCGCGGGGACUAUAGCAGGCUAGACGAUCUCAUGAGCAAGGACGAUGGUGGAUUGACGCCCCGCCAUGUCACCCUCGACAUCGACAUCGAGGACGCCGACGAUGAGCAGCAGCACUACGUGCCGGCGGCCGAUUCGGUCCUCCACGCCGUCGCGUCCGGCGGGGACGGCGAGGAGUUCUUGCUGAGCUCGACGGUGGUCUGCCGGAAGGCUGAGCACCUCUUGGGCAUGCGCAAUGCAAUGGGUGACACGCCCUUGCACUGCGCUGCUAGGGCCGGGAGCGUCAAGAUGGUCUCCCAUCUCAUCGACCAAGCUCGGCGCGGCGGCGACAAUGGCACGGCAAGGCUGCAAGCGGCGCUGAGGAAGCAGAAUAAUCAAGGGGAGACAGUCCUCCAUGAGGCGCUCCGCUGGGCCGAUGAGAAGAUGGUCCAGCUGCUGGUGUCGGCGGACCCGGAGCUGGCUCGUUUUCCGCGCGCCAACGGCGGCACCUCGCCGUUGUACCUCGCCAUCUUGCUGGGACGUGAUGACAUUGCGGAGCAGCUGUACCAAAGGGACAACCAACUAUCUUACGCUGGACCAGAUGGCCAGAACGCUCUGCAUGCUGCGGUUCUAAGGAGCGAAAGGAUGACAAAGAAGUUACUGGAUUGGAACAAGGACCUUAUCAAACACGGGGAUCGAUCAAGCGGAAGUACGCCUCUGCACUUUGCGGCAUCAUGGGAUAUCAAGAAAAGGGCCGGGCUAGAGAGUGAUGUUAGCACAAGGGCCCAGCCAUUAUUAGAUGCUUCGCCUCUGCACUUUGCAGCAUUAUUGGAUAUCAGUGAUAUUAGCACAAGGGCAGAGCUACUGCUAGAUGCUUACGAGUCUUCGGCAUAUCAGCCCGACAAGACCGGAUCGUUCCCCAUACAUGUGGCAGCUCUAGGGAACAACCUUGCUGUCGUCCGUGUGUUGCUGGAAAAGUGCCCCGGCUGUGUCCAACUACGAGAUGCCCAGGGCAGGACACUCCUACACAUUGCUGCCUCCAAAGACUACUGUCGUUUAGUUGGGCAUAUUAUAAACCACCUUUUAGCUAAGGGCGUCCAGAGGUUUGCAUCGACCGUGAAUAUGCAGGACAAGGAAGGCAACUCCGCAAUACACUUUGCUGCCGCAAAUGGGGCACCUGGGACCAUCCGCCAUCUCAUUUGGAGAAAGGAAGUUGAGUUAAAUCUACAAAAUAACCAAGGCCGAACACCGCUGGAUCUUGCACAUAGCAGGACGCCCCCAGGGGUUUUCUUUGGAUUGGAUCCAAAUAAUAGGGUGUACAGGAUGCUAAUGGUUGCUGGUUCUAGAUUUGGCGUUCGCCGACGUGGUGAGAAGGAGCCCCCUAUACUAAAUGAAGAGAAGGAGGCAGACACAAUCAGAGAGUCCACAACCAUCGUUGGCGUUGUAUCAGUGCUGAUCCUAACGGUUUCAUUUGCCGCCGCUUUCCAGUCACCUGGAGGAUACAGCACGACGGAUGACAAACGGGCAGGCACACCAGAACUCGCCAAGCUCUACUCCUUCCAGGCAUUCGUCGUGGCAAAUAACCUAGCGGCUCUGUGCUCCGGUAUGGCCACCGUCAGCCUCAUGUACGCUGGAGUGAGCACCGUCGACAUACGCACACGCGUGUGGGCCUUCGUCAUAUCCGUCUUCUUCCUCAAGAGCUCAGCCCGGUGCCUCGCUGGCGCGUUCGUGUUCGGCACAUACGCUGUGCUGGCUCCUGUUGCCCACACAAUUGCUUUCCUCACAUGGCUGUUUUCCUUCUUCAUUCUGGUUGACAUUGCUUGGUUCACAUAUGCAGUAUGCGCGGAUCAGCUAGCGCUUCUUCGCAGGCUGGGUCUGAGAGCAUGCUUGAGUUUCGUGUAUUCCCUCGUGGCCGUCCCCCUCGUGCAGCUGUGGCCGUAUGUCAUCGUUGCUGGCUUGAUCGCAUAUCUCAAGGUCCAUGGGAUACAUUGAUCCGCAUGCAGACUACCCGGCCGGCCAUCUUGAUAAGCAGACCAAACCGAUCAAUUUAAGUUGUUUAUCUGAAUGGUACUUUUUCCAGUUCAUUCGAUAGUGAUACCAACUGUUGUUUUCAAAAUAGCAUCUGUAAACUAUGCUUUGAUUGCUUAAUACAUCCAGCGAGAAUUUCUUAAUUUCUUCAACCCUAAAUGAGAACAAAAUGAAGUGUGGCUAUUGCUCAUGAAAGUGGCCUUUUAUAAGAUAAUGGUUGAGGACUUGUGGUAAUGUACUGUUGGAGUAUAGUGGUGAGAAAAAGGCAGGAUUAUGAAA